AUGGAGGACGGGUUAUUCCACGAGGCCAACGCUGCGUGGAUCAAGCAGUUCAAGUGCAAGGGGUGUCGAAACGAUUCGUGGGGAGUGACCAACCAGUAUCGCAACAGCCACGGCACAUUUGCCGGGUGUUGCCGAGGCAUCGUCCGGUCUCCGUGCCGUGGAUGCAGGUCCAAGAUGUUGACCAGGUUUAUCGUCCCUGAGGAUAGAGCUGCUGCCUGCGGACGCGACCGCCACGAGUGCGAAGCCUGCCACGACAAUGGGCAUUGCCCAAUAUUGUCCCAAUGGCCAAACCAGAUUAAGGACGAAAUCGUCGGCAUGAUUAACGAUUGCAUUUUGCUAUGUGUGUCGAUAUCUUUUGGGCUCGAAGACACUGUGAAGUGGUGGCGACAGUCAAGCAUGGCGGCUCUACGGGCGCCGCAGGCGUGA